GGGGGCCCGGCUAUUUUUUCUGUUCCUCGGGUCUAUGUACCCGGCAGUUCUUUUCUUUCAUUCAAGCCCCGAGCGAUUUUUUCACCAAUUUUGUCCGCGGUCCAAAACUGUGCCAUUCACUUUUGUCAUCGGACAGAGCGUUUUAUCAUAGUUAACAGGUCUCGUGUGAGUAAAUCCCUCAUUAAUAGCGCAUCGCCACUCGUUAAAACUGUGUUUAACACGGCUUUUCGCGUAGAGCGUGUUUGGAUAAACACGCCGUUUGACGAGGACGUUUGAUGUUUAUGCUCGACUGGGAAGAGAAUCAUCGAGAAAUUUCUUUGACGAGUCUUUCUUUUUGACGGGCUUGGAUUGGAUGAUCGAGAUACCUUGACACCAGGACAGAACUAUAUUUGUGUAGCUUGCUGGGUUCUAUAAUGAAAAGAGAGUGUCAAGUGUGCUCAGCUCCUGCCUCGUUCACAUGUCAAAACUGUGCGCAAACUCAUUACUGUGACAGGAAUCAUCAAAAAGAGGAUUGGCCGAAGCACAAACUCCAGUGUGCUCCUAUUUUGGUGGCACAUAAUGAGACACUCGGCAGGCACCUGAUAGCGGCGCGCCCUUUGCGCCAAGGCGAACUCCUCCUCCGAGAGCGCCCUCUGGUGGCGGGCCCGCGGGUGGGGUCGACACCAGUAUGCGUUUCCUGCUACCGGACCCUGCCGGGACCACGGCCGCGGUUGUGCGGGCGCUGCGGGGGCGCCUGGGUGUGCGGGGCGCCGUGCGAGGGGGGCGCCCACGCAGCCGAGUGCGCCGCCCUCCGAGGGCGCAACGUCGCCGUCAACGCCCAGUGGGUGCUCCCGCUCCGCUGCUACCUGGGCGUCAAGGGGUUGAAGACCGACCCGGAGCCGGACACGCGCUGGCAGGAUGUCCUCGGCCUCGAGACUCAUGAGAAGGAGAGGAGGGGCUCCGUCCGCUGGAGUGUUAUACAGCGGUUUGUGGUGCAGGAGCUGCAAGAAGCAGGAGUGAUCUCGAACGACGCCGAGCUGAUGCACAAACUGUGCAGCAUCAUAGACGUAAACAGUUUCGAAAUACGCGGGCCAGAAAACGCUAGCGGAAGGGCCGAAAGGCUCAAAGGCAUCUACCAGAAGGCCUCGCUCAUGUCGCACAGCUGCGUUCCCAACACUCAUCUAGCCGUGUCCAACGACUUUCAGCUGAUACUCAGGGCCGCUGUUCCAGUCGAAAAAGGAGAAAUCAUAUCCUUUAAUUAUACCGGACCGAUAAAGAGCACGACAGAGCGUCAAGACAUGCUGAGCGAGGAGAAAUACUUCUUGUGCCGCUGCGAGCGGUGCUUGGACCCGACUGAGCUGGGCACCCACAUGAACUCCCUCAACUGCCCGGCGUGCCACAAGGACGGCAUCCUCACCAAGCGCGAGACCGAGUGGACUUGCUCCAACUGCUCCAAGACCCUCAAAGACGACGUCGUGAGGACGACCAUCUUCGAGGCGCGGCGGGUGCUCGACACUUUGGACUUGCAAAACCAGAGAGCGCUCGAGACGGUUUUGGCCCGGUUCUCGAGGACGUUCCACCCGAACCACGCCAUCAUGAUCGAUCUCAAGCAGAUGCUCAUCGAGCGGUAUCGGUCCAACCUAUUGGUGGAAGUCAAGCCGUGUAAGAAGUUGCUCAGGAAGAAGAUCGAGUUGUGUCGGCAGAUAUUGCCGGUUAUUAGGCUGAUCGAGCCAGGAAUAUCUAGGCUAAGAGGUCUGACACUAUAUGCAUUCCAUCUCUCAAUAGUGCUAUUGGGGAACCGAGAGUUCGAGGCGCGGGAGAUCACUCGGAAGGAGCUCAUCUCGAAGUUGGAGGAGGCAGAGGCGUUCCUGAAGGAGGCGGUGUUCCACCUGAGCUACGAGCCCAAGUACUCUCCGGAAGGGAUCCUGUUCCAACAGGCGGAGACGGCCCUUAAAUGCCUCCAGGAGACCAUCACCGAGUACCAGGAGGACGAGAGGGCGCAGGAGCACCGCAACAAAGGCAUAAGGCGGGGAAAACGCCGAUGAGAAUGAGGAAGGUGAGGUUGAAAACGGGAUCUCAUCAAAAGCGCACGAUACUCUUCGACCGGCCGAUCAACAACUCCAAGACGCGUCUAACGCC